CAGAGACAUCUCGACGGGCUUUUGGUGCCUCGGGGGUUGUUAUUAUGUGAGCGACGACAAGCACGAGCACAAGCAGCGAUGCGCGGGACUCUGCUCUCCAUCUUGGCGCCCCUCUUGGCCUCUGCCCUCCCGAUUCCGAGCAUGCCAUACCAACCCUCUACAGACAUUGAGAUACUCGACUUUCAUUGGGAGACGGCAUGGACGCAAUUCGCGUGGAAGCAUGGAGAGCUGACGACUCCGCUGGUCUUCGAGCUCAGCGUCAAUCCCGUCCAAGACUCCCCGUUGACCUCCAACAUCACCAUCAACCAACAACAGCUCGACAUCCGAUGGACCAAGACUGCGGACAGCAACACUGCUUCCUAUGCGACCAUUGACCUCCCUAUCACCCACGUGCUGGCCAUCGAGGAUAAGCGCGGCGAACCUCACGCUGUGAACGUCACCGUGACGGGUUUCAUACGCUCUACUUACCCAUCGUACCAUCUCCCCGAGCCUGAAGAUCUACAACAUCUUCAGCUGCAUGUCCUAUCUGUCGAUGAUCACGCCGUUAAGCACUUCGAACUGGGCCUCGUUGUGCAGCCGGAUUCUCAAACCCAUCGCCUGCAAAAGCUAUUCCACAUCAGUGACAUGCAGCCAGGCAAGCUGAAUGGUCAUUUGACAGAUAUCAUCACUUCUGAACCACUACUUGAUGCAACACUAUUCGAACACUAUCGGCAUGCUGGAGAUGGCGACCUCGACAUCGAAGCUGAGCUGGAGUCACUACUGCUUCUGGAGGCCGAAGCAGGUGAUCUGAAUUCCAAGAUCGCCGCCAAGAAGCAAGCCAUCGCACGAUGUCUGAAAGACCACCGUGAUCAGGCCACUUUAGGCCACCUGCUUCGAGAAUGCGACGGCAUUGUCUGUGCGGCGAAGGUGAUCGCACAGCGCAUCUGUGAUAAGAUGGGAGUCUUGAAAGAGCCAGACUUUCAAUACGUGAAGAUGAAGGACUCACAAAAUCAGCGCCUCAUUCAAGUCGAUGAAGAUCGCAACAGCACAUCUCAAGCGGCCAGAAUGGCAGGCAAAUUCCAGCCGGGUCCAGAGAAGCACAACGACGCUACGCUGUCCGGAGCCAGGUACUUUGCUCUUCACACCAAUGGCGGGGCCGUACAUGUAGUCUAUCCACAGAACGUUCUAUUCCGGGUGUUGAGCAUUAUUGCCGGUGUAUUCGGUCUGACAGCACUUUUCUCACUCAUCCGAAGAAAGUGCAUGUCUGCACGUAGCAAGGUUGAUCGGCUUGCAGCUCAAGAAGAACGACGUAAUGCGCGAGCUUACCGAAAAGCUGCUCGCCGUGCGGAGAUGCGGCGACGCUGGAACGCUUUCAUCUCCUCUAUCAGCUGCUUUACGCCCCACCAAGAAACGCCGAGAGUUGAAGACUACGAGGAGAAGCGUGCCUUGAUUCUUCAAGACGCUUUCUUGGAGCAAGAUAUGGAAGCUGCGGAGAAAGGCGAAGUGAUGGAGGCUGAAAUUCGAGAGCUGAGACAUGCUCACGAAAUAGUGUCUGGUUUGGUCGGAGUGGACGAGCACAGAUAUGAUAUGAGGGUCCCCAUGAGUCUGCCCAUCCACGAUCCGCCACCACCGCUCGUGCCCCUUGCAUACGACUCAACUGGCCGCUCUCGUGCGAGCACUGGAACUUUACCAUCGUAUACCUCUGAGAUUCUGCCGGAUUAUAGGUCGCGCAUGUCCGUCGCAACUUCGAGCAGCAUCCACGACGGAUCGACGAUCUAUUCUCCCACAACUUCAUCAGCGGAUGAGGUUUUCACUGCUCCCGCGACGGGAAGCACGCCUCGCUCUUCCAGCCCAAGCGCUGCUAGCACCGGCGAGCGCGGAACUCGAACGAGCCGAGUCAGUCAGCUCACGACCAGCAGUCGGCUCACUCGCUACACGCCGACGAGCAGCGUCGUUGAGGUCUCACCACGCUGCAGUGAGGACACUCUUCGAACGGCUCACUGGCGUCAAUCUACGCAGUCAACCAGGCGGUCUCGGGACACGAACGACUUGUAAACAUAGACUUUCUUUACGAUUUCAAGAGCGAUGAGCUUGUGGAUGUAAUAAUGGAAAUCACGGAGGCGAACUACGCCACUUUCAGUCUUCUUGUGUAUGACGCUGUGAGAAGGCUGAAAGGAAAUGGGUCUCAUGGCCCCAAGAGAGUGCACUGUGAAAGUGCUUGUGAAUUAGCAUAUAAAGACACAUCACAAAGUGUCUGCGUCGACCUUCGUAUGGCGUCUCACUUCUCCUAU